AAGAAGAAGAAGAAGAAGGGCUUUUUUUUUUUUCACGCUCGGAGGGAAAGACGGCAUCCGGCCUGAGAAGAAGCUCCGAGGUCGGGGACUCCGGUCGGAGCAACGUUCAUCGUUUCUGGCCUCCCCUUCCCGAGAGCUCAAUGGAGAAGAUGAAGCGGUUCAAGCGGCGUCUCUCUCAGACGUUACGAGGCAGCCACACCAUCGAUGAGUCGCUGUCUGAGCUGGCAGAGCAGAUGACCAUCGAGGAGAACGGCCUGAAGGACAGCGAGCCCAUCGUGAGGAAUGGCCGUCCUCCGUCAGCCCACAGUGUCCACUCCUUCCUCCACCAGUACACAGGCUCCUUUAAAAAGCCGCCGCUCAGACGGCCUCAGAGCGUCAUCGGAGGAGGCCUGGGCUCUUUAAUGACUAUGCCUCGCAACGGCAGUCGCCUCGACAUCGUCCAUGAGAACCUGAAGAUGGGGUCGGACGGGGAGAGUGACCAGGCGUCGGGUACUUCCUCCGAUGAGGUGCAGUCCCCCACAGGUGUUUGUCUGCGGAACAGAGGGAACAGACGCAUCUCUGCAGAGGACCUGAACAAACGUCUGUCUCUGCCGGCGGACAUCAGGAUACCUGACGGUUACCUGGAGAAGCUGCAGCUGAGCAGCCCGCCCUUCGACCAGCCGCUGAGCCGACGCUCCCGCAGAGCAUCCCUGUCAGAAAUUGGAUUUGGGAAGCUGGAGACCUACAUCAAACUGGACAAACUGGGGGAGGGCACGUACGCGACGGUCUUCAAAGGGAGAAGUAAGCUGACGGACAACCUUGUGGCGCUGAAGGAGAUCAGACUGGAGCACGAGGAGGGGGCGCCAUGCACAGCUAUCAGAGAAGUGUCGUUACUGAAGGACCUGAAACACGCCAACAUCGUGACGCUUCACGACAUCAUCCACACAGAGAAAUCUCUCACACUGGUCUUCGAGUACCUGGACAAAGACCUCAAGCAGUACAUGGACGACUGCGGGAACAUCCUGAGCAUGCACAAUGUCAAGAUUUUUCUGUACCAGAUCCUGCGAGGUUUGGCGUACUGUCACAGGCGGAAAGUUCUGCACAGAGACCUGAAGCCCCAAAAUCUGCUCAUCAACGACAGAGGGGAACUCAAACUGGCUGACUUUGGCCUGGCGAGGGCCAAAUCUGUGCCCACCAAAACAUACUCUAACGAGGUGGUAACACUUUGGUAUCGGCCUCCCGACGUGCUGCUGGGCUCCUCUGAGUACUCCACGCAGAUCGACAUGUGGGGUGUGGGCUGUAUAUUCUACGAGAUGGCUGCCGGCAGGCCCCUGUUCCCAGGCUCCACGGUGGAGGACGAGCUGCACCUCAUCUUCAGGCUGCUAGGCACUCCAACAGAGGACAGCUGGCCUGGAAUAUCCUCAAUGGACGAGUUCAAGUCCUACAAGUUCCCCAAGUACAAGAUCCAGCCGCUCAUUAACCACGCACCCAGGUUGGACACUGAUGGCAUUGAUCUGCUGAUGUCAUUCCUAAAAUACGAGUCGAAAAAAAGGAUCUCUGCUGAUGAAGCCAUGAAACAGCCGUACUUCAGGAGCCUGGGGCCACGUGUGCUCACACUGCCAGAGAGCAUAUCCAUAUUCACACUGAAGGAGGUCCAGUUGCAGAGAGAUCCCGGCUACCGGAACUCAUCAUACCCUGAGUCAGGUGAGCAAUGAUGCAACGGCAAGAACAGAAGACAAAGCAUGCUGUUUUAGAUUCUCUGGACUGUAUUUUUUUUAUUUGGGAAUGAUCUUCUAGUUGUACAGUCUUGCAGAUGGAUCAGUAACCCGAGAUGGAUGUUGGCGUGGAGCAUCAUCAUCAUUAGCAUCACUUUCCCCCCCCCCCCCCAAGCUACUUGGGAAACUCGUCCACAGUGCGACCGAUCCCCCUUUCCAGGUCUGGCCUGAGUCUGGCCCAAAAGAGACAUUUAUAUACUGUACAUCUAUAUUUAUUGAGAAGAGAAUUUGCUGCUAAAUCCAACUACUGUCUAGAAUUCUAACUGGCUCAGUCACUUUAAUGAGUACAUGCAAUGUGUAUAGAUUUAAUUUUUUUUGAAGUGGUGGUAUUUUAAGUGAUAUUUCUUUGCCAUUUCCAUUUUCAUACAUAACAAAACUCGACCUCUAAGCUCCUCAGUGUGUGUGUGUGUGUGUGUGUGUGGGUGUGUGAGGCACACAGACGAGCAGAGGCAUGUUUCUGUAGCAACUCAAAAGGGUUUGAUUUUCUGUCUCUGUUGCCACGGUGCCGUCUCUCAGCUGCACCCAUCAUUUGUGACUGUUUACUCCAAAAGGCUUUUGAGGCCGGCUUUGAUAAAAUUGAUAAUUUUAUCCCAAAUGGAGGCUAAUACGAGAGCAGUGCUGCCAAGCUCUGCGCAACAAAAAAACAAAACAAAAAAAAAAGAUCACGUUCUUGUCAGAUGCUGGCAUAUCAUUCCAGGAUGCUGCGGUUUCUGUCGUGUCCAAGGAACAAAUGCAGGAGGGAAAAGCAAACGUAGAAUUAAUGACGAGGGCAUUACAGGAUUAGUUACGCCUCCUUUAAUUCUAGAUAAAAACCUACAUAUGUAACUCCAGUGAACAACCUUCUCUUCCUUUUCCACCUCAAUCUGACACUUUAUCUCCUCCAGUCUGUCACAAAGGGGAGGUGCAAAGUGAAUCCCCAGUGUUGGAAUCUGCUGCCUCUCUGCCAUUCCCAUCUCCAUCAACUGUAAAAAUGUAUCUCUUUUUUUUUUUCUGGAUUGCCUCCACCUUUGUGUUGCAUGCCUGCUCUGUUGUACGAGGAAGCACACAGCCACUGAACUCCUUAUUCAGGGAGCACUAGCUAUAGUCCUGCCCCUAGUGAAUCUGAUACUGAGUCGCAGUCUAUUUAACAGUGUUACAAGAGAUGUUUUGUAUCAUAUUCUUUAACUUUAUUUGUUGAUAAUUGUUAUUUGGUGUGGGAUUUCGUUGCGGAUGCCCUCCCAUAUUUGAGCUUUUUUUUUUUUUUUUCCAGAGUAAAGAAAAUUAAAUCUAAAGUUUAAA